AUGAGUAGGAAUAAAUCCGAUUCAGUAUCAAAACUAAAUAAGAUAUUACCAGUACCGAUAGAACUACAUAAUGGAGAAGAAAUAGAAUCUAGUAAUCCUCAUUCCAAUCAUCCCCAUAAUCAUAACAACAAACUAUCACAUAUAACCGAUGUCAUCGUAGGCGAAAACCAUUCAAUUACAGGUGAAUCAGGGUCUCCAUAUAUGGUCUGGUCCAUUAAGAUCACGUUAGAUGAUUCUAUCUAUUCUUCGAUUUUGAUAUAUAAACGAUAUAGAGAGAUACAUAAACUCAGACACGACCUUGCCGAUUAUUUUAAAGAUGAUCCAGGGGUUAUGAUACCUCCGUUGCCACCUAAAGAUAGCUUAAGUUUGGAUCGGUUGUUUGAAUCCAAGAAUUGGUUGGAAGAAAGGAGAAAGGGGUUGCAGUGGUUUAUGAGUAAUGUAUUGCUAGACCCAGUGUUUCAAGGCUGUCCUAUAGUAAAGGAGUUUAUGCUGAAAUAA